GAGCCGGGAGGAUCUCGGAGCGGCGCACGGCGUCGCAGUUCCUUCUCCAUUCGGCAGUCUAGUGGUGCGGACGUACAUCGGGCAAUCGGAAAAACGCUCGAGUAGCCCUUUUUCUGUGCUCGCAGUGUGCACCGUAGUGCCGCGAGUCGCACCGUAUCACGCAGGUAAAGUCGACAAAGAGAGCAGGCACGAUGGCCGAUCAGGAAAAUAAGGAUUUCAGCGAGGAUAUCGCGGAGCAGAACUUCGCGGAACAGAAUGGCGAGGCCGAGAACAACGGCGAGAACAAUGUCACGGAAAACAAUCAGGAGUCUCAGGAAGACAGGUCGGCCGGGGCUAACCAGGAUUCUCUGAACGAUAGGAAAUUAUUUGUCGGUGGUUUAAGCUGGGAAACGACAGACAAGGAAUUGCGAGAACAUUUCAGCGCAUAUGGUGAUAUUGAAAGUAUCAAUGUCAAAACAGAUCCAAAUACAGGGCGAUCGAGAGGAUUUGCCUUCAUUGUAUUCGCUAAAGCUGAAUCUCUUGACAAGAUUAUGUCUGCUGGUGAUCAUAUUAUCAACAAUAAAAAAGUUGAUCCUAAAAAAGCAAAAGCCAGACACGGUAAAAUAUUUGUCGGUGGGCUUUCGACAGAACUUUCCGAUGAUGACAUCAAGAGUUUCUUUUCACAAUUUGGAACUAUCGUCGAAAUGGAGAUGCCAUUUGACAAAACAAAAAAUCAGAGGAAAGGAUUCUGUUUCAUUACUUUCGAAUCUGAACAAGUGGUUAAUGAACUCUUGAAGACCUCGAAACAAACGAUAAAUGGUAAAGAAGUUGACGUGAAGAAAGCAACACCUAAGCCCGACGGGAUGAUUAGUAUGCGCGGUGGACCCGGUAGUCGAGGUAGUCGUGGCAGCAGAGGUGGUAGAGGCCGAGGAUUCGGUCAAGGCGGAUGGGGGCAAGGUGGUUACGGCGGCGGUUACAGCGGUGGCUAUGGCCAAGGAGGAUAUGGCGGAGGCUAUGAUGGAUACGGAUACGGAGACUAUUAUGGUGGUGGUGGGUACGGAGGUUACGGCGGCUACGACUACAGUGGAUACGAUGGAUAUGGCUAUGGCAGUGGUAAUUACGACGGAGGCUACAGUGGCGGGCGCGGUGGCGCACGCGGUAAAGGAGGUUCAGGCUACGGUGGCAAGCAAAGGGGUGGUCGUCAGAACCAGAGGCACCAACCUUAUUAAUAACGGAAUCCUCAUUAUUUAUGACCGCAAUGCAAUUCGCAUUGUAACUGUCGGUAUCGCAAGACGCGGUUUCCGUUUACAAUCACACGUUGCAACUCGUCCAAUCAUUCCAUUUAAAACCCAUGAGCAUCAGUCAAGAUCAUCAAGAGAAACGGAACUAAUGGAAUAGUAUAAAAAUCUACAAAAGCUGUUUCGAUAAUAUUUCAUUGAUUUUUUGCUUUUGUAUAUACACAUACGCGCUUGCUUUUCAAUUCUCACAAUAUACUUGCGUGUACCUGCGCACACGCAUCGCAUACCGUAAAUACUUAUAGAUUAUUUUAAUUUUUUUUUCUACAAAAUAGCACGACGGAGAAAUAAUGCUAUAUGAAGUAAGCAGGCAAUGUACUUUUUACAUGGCAUGCAGAGAAAUGAUACAUAAAGGAAUAAGAAGAUAAAUCAAGCUAUCUCGACCGUGUGAAAUAAUAUAAAAGGAUUACUUCUUCCUUAUUAAUAAGAUAAUAAUAGGAUUAAAUAAAUUCGUUUUUGUGUACAUAAUAUAUCUCUCAUAUAUACAUUUGUAGUUUUGCUCUGACCUCCUAUACGGCAACUUAAUAAUUUUUCUUUUCUUUUUUUUUUUUAACUACGACACAUGUACACAAGAUUUAUGUCUGAACGAUAGAUAUAAUCAUUUAUACAGUAGAUUUAAAUAAAAGACUGACACACACACACACACACAUACACAAAAGGAUUUAUCGAACUUAUUAGAACUGAUGUCUGCUGAUUCCAGCACAUGCGCCGUAUGCGAGCACAGCUUGCAAAUCGACUGUAUGCUUACACAGUAGCCUUCUGCAGUGUAUGCUACGACAGGAUUCUUGCGAUCAUAGAACAGCGCAUGUACAUUAUAUUUAUAUACCGACAAGAUUCAUUCUACGUCUGCGACGGGAAGAUUGUCACAAGAAAAUUUUUAAAGUACAACAGACGAUAUUGUAUUGGGAAUACAAUAUUGGGAUUAUAUGUAUUUUUAUCCGAGUACGUACUAUUCUGAUCUUGUAUGUCAUAAGUAUUACAUUAUAUAAAUUUAAAAGGA